AAAAAAACAAAACAAAAAAGAUUGUUGCAAAUCUUGAAAAUGACGAAACCAACCUCAUCGUAUGAUAAAAAACACUACAUUCACUGGCCCAUGGAUUCAAAAUUGCACGCAAUUUGAUAACACAAAAUUCAAAUUUUCUCAAAGAUCUUCAAAUUCUUUACUCAAAUUCUUCUUCCUUCACCUCAACAACCUCAAUUUUCUUCUCUUUUACUUCUUUCAAAUUCAAAUAUCUUUUUUAAAUUUUCUUCAAAUUCCGAAUUUGCCCUCAUCUUGUCGAGAAAUGCCAAAUCCUCAUCCAUCUAAAUAGCCGCCACCAAACCAGCAUCAACCACCGCCGCAAACUACCGAUCUCAGAAAAUGAUUGUUCGCACAUACGGUCGUCGGAAUAGAUCAAUUUCGGGAACGUGUUCAAGUUCUUCCCUAAACGACGACGUAUCAGAGCCCUUUGACUCUUCCCAAGAACAAGACCCUCUCUUCGGAAAUUUCGCUUUCUCUUCCCAAGAUUCAUCUUCUCAGUGGUCUUUCUUCGAUUCUGAUCCCAAUUCAAUCGACGAUUUGUGUGGCGCUGGUCGUCGGGAGUCAAAGAGAGUUAAAAGUGAUUCCGGGAAGAACGGAUUCUCUUUUCCGGCGACUUCGACGUUGAUGGAGGCGCAGGAGUUUGGAGAGAUGAUGGAGCAUGUUGAUGAGGUUAAUUUCGCUCUUGAUGGACUCCGUAAAGGUCAACCUGUUCGGAUUAGAAGGGCUAGUUUGGUUUCUCUCUUGUCAAUUUGUGGUACAACGCAAAAACGAAGGCUUCUUCGUUCUCAAGGGAUGGCAAAGACAAUAGUUGAUGCUCUUUUGGGCCUCACUCUCGAUGAUUCUCCCAGUAAUCUUGCAGCUGCAACCCUUUUCUACAUUUUGACUAGUGAGGGUCAAGAUGAUCAUCUCCUUGAAUCACCUUGUAGUAUUCAAUUUCUAAUCAAGUUGUUAAGACCAAUUGUAUCCACAGCUAUUAAAGAAAAAGCACCGAGUUUUGGCUCUAAACUUCUAUCAUUGCGUCAGAAUGAUGACAUGCAAAAAAAAUCAACGUCGAGAUUUGACUCUAGUUCUGUUGCAGUUUUUUCUAGAGUGCAAGAAGUUCUAGUUAAUUGCAAAGAGCUAAAAGCUACCUGUCAGAAUAACAGUGGGAUUGAGAGGCCAGAGUUAUGUCCAAAAUGGUUAACAUUGCUGACUAUGGAGAAGGCUUGUUUAUCUGCCAUUUCUCUUGAUGAAACAUCCGGUGCUGUAAGGAAGACUGGUGGGAAUUUUAAGGAAAAACUAAGGGAGCAUGGAGGACUUGAUGCAGUCUUUGAUGUCACCAUGAAUUGUCAUUCAGAUUUGAAGAAUUGGAAGGAUUGUAGUUCUCUGUCUACCGAAGAUUUGAAAAAUGACAAACGUUUAAAGAGCCUAACCUUGCUUCUGAAGUGCCUGAAGAUAAUGGAAAAUGCUACUUUCCUAAGCAAAGACAAUCAGACUCAUUUGCUUGGAAUGAAAGGAAAAUUGAGUCCCAAGGCAACCCCAUUGUCUUUUACGGAGCUUAUUAUAAUUGUCAUAAAGAUGCUCUCAGAUCUAUGUUUGCGUCGGAGUGCCUCUGCUGUGUCCAUUGUUAACAAGCUUAAUGAUCCUAUCUCUAUGGUCAGUGAUGAUUCUGAAUGGGAUCAGCUCAGAUAUAAAGAGAAUAAACCUGUAUCCAUUAGUUCCAAUGGGAAUUACUAUGGUGUGGAGAGGGCAUCUUCUAUUAAGAAUUCUAAUGUUUCUCAUAAAACCCAACUGUUGACAUGUGCUCGGUUAGAAAGAUCACUCUCUGUUUCUGAAACUCCCAGCACAUCAACUACUGAUACAUACUCACUAAAGAUGAGGAUCAAUUCAUCCACAUCCGGGUCUUGCAGUGGUUUAUCAAAGAGUUCAAACAGUAAAAAGUCCACGACCCAAAAUAGUUCCAGGAAGAAUGUCCACUUUACUGAAGGUUCCUCGGUUAUAGUCUUGGAUGAUAGUCCAGACCCCUUUGCAUUUGAUGAGGAUGACAGUGGUUUAUCAAAGAGUUCAUACUGUAAAAAAUCCAUGACUCAAAAUAGUUCAAGGAAGAAUGUUCAGUUUACGAAAGGUGCCCCGGUUGUAAUCUUGGAAGAUAGCCAAGAUCCAUUUGCAUUUGAUGAGGAAGACAGUGGUUUAUCAAAGAGUUCGUACUGUAAAAAUUCCAUGACCCUAAAUAGUUCCAGGAAGAAUGUUCAGUUUACAGAACGUACCCCAGUUGUAAUCUUGGAAGAUAGCCAAGAUCCCUAUGCAUUUGAUGAGGAUGACAUUGCACCCUCUAAGUGGGACCUACUAUCGGGGAAACAAAAAAAAUCUAGUCCUAAAAAACAUAAGGUUGCAAAUAGAGAAUUUGAAAAUGAACGUCAAUCGCAAACCAAAAUGAGUCAAGAAGAAUCAAGUGAUGGGAACGUCAAUUGUUCUAGUUCAGACAUAACUUAUGAAGAAGAUUCCAGCCUUCUAACUGAUUGCCUCCUUACUGCUGUUAAGGUGCUGAUGAAUUUGACUAAUGACAACCCUAUUGGCUGUCAACUAAUUGCUGCCAAUGGAGGACUGGAGGCUAUGUCCAUGUUAAUUGCUGGUCAUUUCCCUUCUUUCAGUUCAUCAUCAUCCUUUGCUCAGAUAAAAGAAAAUUCUUUGAGAACUGAAAAGGACCAUCUAUGUGAUAGGCAUCUUACUGAUAAUGAGUUGGAUUUUCUCGUUGCUAUUUUGGGCUUGCUUGUGAAUCUGGUUGAGAAGGAUGGUCGUAACAGAUCACGGCUUGCAGCAGCCAGUGUUCUACUACCUUCUUCAGAAGGCUUGGACCAGGAGGUUCGACGGGAUGUUAUUCAAUUAUUAUGUUCUAUUUUCUUGGCUAACAAGGGUGAAAGUGAGGUGGGAGCUGGGGAAGAUAAAAAAUUUGAACUGACUGAUGAGGCAGCUGUUCUACAAGGUGAAAAGGAAGCUGAGAAAAUGAUUGUGGAAGCUUACUCCGCAUUGCUUCUAGCAUUUCUUUCCACAGAAAGUAAGAGCAUCCGUGCGGCAAUUGCUGACAAUCUUCCAGAUCACAACUUAGCAAGUCUUGUACCUGUGUUGGACAGAUUUGUGGAAUUUCAUCUGUCUUUGGACAUGAUUUCACCAGAGACUCAUAAAACUGUUAGCGAGGUCAUCGAAUCAUGUAGAAUUCGGUGAAAGAUCAAAUGGAAAAAUCUGUACAGUCAUAUUUUGCUUUAGGAUUUGUUGCUACUCCAAUGGAAAUGGAAUUGCCGAACUUCACUUCAUUAGAAUUUGACCACCUUUUAUACGCUGUUCUCAUCGCUCAUACUCUUAUUUUUAUAUCACCAUGCUGGUGAUACGAAGAUGCUUGUAUACAAAAAUCAAUAGUAGGAUGUGUUCCUAGCAAUAGCAUAGUCUGUGUAAUCAAUAGUUGUAAUUUUUUUUUUUGGUUUAUUCAUUCAUAUUCUUGUAUUAGAAGCUCACAUGUUUUGUUUCAAGUUCUCACGUCCUUCAUUUCUCCAUUUUUUCA